AUGGGCGGCGGUCUCAACGACAGCAAGCAUCAGUGGAUAGUAUCCUACGCGAGCAAGGAUCAGUGGAUAGUAUCCUACACAAUAGAAAAGCUGGAGGUAUGUUACAAGAAAAACAUAACUGGAAGCAGAGGGUUGUGGCGGGCUGAAAACGCAUUGGUGAAUACUCUUCCUCAAUUCGUCCUCCAACUAUUCCUCAUCAUUCUUGUCAUUCGCAUAAUUGCGUUUGUGCUAAAGCCUUUGCGCCAACCUCGUAUAGUGGCUGAGAUUCUCGGUGGUGUGAUCCUUGGGUCAUCUGCAUUGGGAGCCACACCAUUGUUUCGUUCCCAUGUGUUCCCGUUAAGGAGCGUUGUGCCAUUAGACACUGUGGCAAACUUGAGCGUGGUUUACUACAUGUUCCUAGUGGGCCUAGAGACGGACAUUAGCAUAAUACUACGCGCUGGGAAGAAGGCCUACACCGUGGCACUCGCCGGUAUUCUAUUUUCAUUGCCUACUGGCUACGCCUUGUUUCACCAUCUUCGACCUAAGCCAAGCAUCCCAGGGGGUGAUCUCUUCUGGGCAACCGCUCUCGCUUGCACAAACUUCCAAGAGCUGGCUCGAAUCCUUGCAGAUGCGAAGCUUCUUCGGUCCAAGAUGGGAAGGACGGCGUUGACUUCAUCCCUCAUCACCGACUUGUCGUGUUGGGUUCUUCUGGUGCUGGUACAGGCAGUGCUUGAGAAGGGAAGGUAUAUUGCACUCGCCUCCACCAUCGGCUUCACCCUUUUCCUUUUGUUUGCAGUGCGUCCAGGCCUCAAAUGGGUGAUUCACCGGAUAUCCAAAGAAGACAACGUGCACAAUGAGUUCCACGUGUGCUGGGUUCUGACAGGUGUUAUCCUAUGUGGAUUCAUUUCGGACGCUUGCGGCGCACACUCCAUUUCAGGGGCUUUCAUGCUGGGAGUUAUCAUGCCUAAAGGGGAGCUUAAAGAUACGCUAAUUGAGAGGGUGGAAGACUUUGUGUCCGGCUUCAUGAUGCCCCUCUUCUAUGUAGUUGUUGGGUUCAGAACUAAUUUUCAAGAGAUCGUCUAUGGCAUCAGUCUCGGACACGCCUUGCUAAUAAUAGGCUUAGCUUGCGCACCUAAGAUUUUGAGCACUUGCCUCGUUUCUUUCUUCUUCAAAAUCUCACCUCCUGACGCUCUGGCUCUUGGACUACUUAUGUCCACCAAAGGUUUAUUGUCUUUCAUUGUUCUUAACUCGGGACGGACUAGAAAGUCUUUGGACGCCCAAACGUUUACAAUGAUGGUGGUGGCAUUUUGGCUGAUGACAGUUGUGAUAGGCCCUAUCCUUGCAUUCACUUACAAGCGCACAAGGCAUGGUAGGCAAUAUUACAAGCGCAGGAACAUACAAAGCGCAAAGCAAGACACCGAUUUUCAAAUCCUGGCAUGCCUUCAUUCCAUUCGUAAUGUAUCCGGAAUCAUCACCCUCCUCCAGGCUUCCAUUGCUACUCAACUAAUAUCCCCUCUUUCUAUCUUCGUCGUCCACCUAGUUGAACUCACCGGCCGCGCUUCAUCCAUGCUCAUUGUGCACGACACCUACGACAAGUCUUCUUCAGACAAGAAGCCUACUACUGUUACUCGCACAAGAACCCAUUCCGAGAACGUUUUGGGUCCCUUUGAAAGCUUGGAAAGCAAAGCCAAUGGCGUCUUCGUCCACCCUCUCACCGCCAUGUCCGCUUAUGACUCUAUGCACGAAGACAUUUGCAGCCUUGCGGAGGACAAGCGUGUCCUCCUCAUUAUCCUUCCCUUCCACAAACAACCCACCAUCGACGGCGGAAUGGAGGAUUCCAACCCUGCUCUUAGAGGAGUCAACCAACACGUGUUGGCAAAUGCACCGUGCUCAGUUGCUAUCUUUGUGGACCGUGGACUCAGCACGUCGUCGUCGGCCAGCAAAGAUUCCACCCAUGGUAACAUUGGACAAUGCUUUGCCAUGCUCUUCAUUGGCGGCCCGGAUGACCGCGAGGCAUUAGCUUAUGCGUGGAGGUUGUCGGGGAACCCAACAGUGAGGUUAGACGUAGUGCGGUUUGUUGUGGGUGAUGAGCAAUUGAACCCAACAAAUCAAAACGACCAAGGAGAAGACGACGAUAAGGAAGAGAUUUUAGCAAGCCCAAAGAAGAGUGACAAAGAAAAGCAGUGGGACGAUGAGUACAUAGCGGAGUUUAGGCAAAGUUGGAGUAGCAACCCUUGUAUUACAUAUUUGGAGAGGGUGGCGAAUAAUGGGGAAGAAACUCUGAAAACGAUACAUAAUUUAAAUAAUGAAUACGAUCUAUACAUAAUAGGAAGAAGGGAAGGAAUGGUGUCACCAUUGACAUCAGGUUUGACGGAGUGGAGUGACUUACCAGAGCUUGGAGCUUUAGGGGACUCAUUGGUGUCUUCCAGCUUUUCAUCAAAUGUAUCGGUCCUCAUAGUGCAGCAACAUGGUGGUGGUGGGAGUACUAGUCGUGGCGGUGGCAGUGGUAGUGGUGGAGGAGGAGGAGGUCAGGAAACGGGGAAUGCUGAACAUGAGCACGCUGCAGGUCAUCUUAAGGUGCAAUUUGGGCACAUGACAUGGCAGCCACCGUUGAAGGGUAACGCUGAUAAGCAACCCUUUGUGAAUCCUGCACGUGGCAAUUAUCAUGAGGAUGACAGUGAUUUUUGA